AUGGAUAGACCUUUACCCACAUUCACACAAUUUGAAGUGCUGUAUUCAACGCAGUCAUUCCUUACUCUCAAAGGCCUUGGUGGCCUUCCGGAACAAGAUGUCGACUUUCUCGAAUACAACCGGUGUUUUCAUCUACCCUCGCGUACGGUGCAGGAAGAUUUCAUCUACCAGUAUUUUCUAUACCUGCAUCCUUACUACCCGCUCAUCAACGAGAGGGACUUUUGGGAUAUGUAUAUGAGCCGAGAUGCCGAGGGUAGAGAAAAGCCGACAAUGUCACUACUCGUCUUCCAAGCCAUGCUAUUCGCGGCGUCCUCGUUUGUUUCACCAGCUGUUCUGAAGAAUGCUGGGUACACCAAUGUCAAAGUGGCGAGGAACAUUUUCUAUCGUCGAGCAAAGUUGCUGUUCGAUCUCGGCGUAGAGACGGAUGCCUAUACCAAGGCUCAAGCGGCUUUACUCUUGACCUUCCAGUUCUCCGCUGUUGAACCGCACGCCGGAAGUACUUGGCUUGCCAUCGGCAUACAGAACGCCAUUGUAGCGCAAGCCCACAACUUCCAAGCUCCCGGUGCCAGCGUGAGACGUAAGAACGGCAACAAACGGCUAUGGUGGUCGCUGUUCUGGAGAGACAGGGUACUCACCUUGGGACUGCGAAAGCCCCUGCAGAUAACCCCAUCUAGCUUCAAUGUCAACAUCGAUCCCAUGACUAUUGACGACCUUGCAGAUGAGAUCAGUCAUUCGGCGGUCUAUGACUCCAGAACCAAGCGGCAACUAGCGAGUAUUCUCAACUUGCAGUGCCGUCUCGCCACGAUUCUCACAGACCCGCUCGUCGUCUGUUAUGGACCCAGCGCCUUCGAUCUCACGUAUUCUUUGGAUAACUUCGACGAAACAGUCAUCCGAAUCGCGGCGGGGAAGGAGAUCCUCGAGCGCUGGAAGACUGAGGUAGACGAAACCCUGGGCGAUUCUCUUACCAAGACGGAAGCACACCGCUCGACGAGAUUAAUAUCCAGCGUGGUGCACAUAUACGCCUAUGCUGCUCAGAUUGCUUUGGGCAACCACGAGGCGAUGAUGAUCGAACAGCGACAGAAGGGAAUUUCAGUCCUUGAUGAUGCUGUCUUGAAGGACAUCGGCAAGAACAUCAAUUAUGCGACAGCCGAGACGACGAAGUUGGUCAGAUAUAUCGUUCAAGAGGGCAUGACACAGCAUCUUCCCAUCUCAGCGAUCGCGUACAUCGCCUUCCCUCUUAUGCUCAGCUCUCUCGACGAGAGGAUAUCCCCUAAUGAUCUCGGCAGCAAUGAGGAUCAAAUCUUGACAAGGUAUCAUGCUCAAGCGAUGCACCUUUGCAGUCAGCGUUUCGAAGGAGCGGUGGAUAUUAGUCGGAUGGUCACCCAGAUAGUCCAGUCGACACCCAUACAGCUCCCACUCCGCCCGCGACCAUCUGCCAAGACAGAGUCGGUAUCGUCAGAUAACCCAGUGGGAUACUGGGACGACCUGUUUGUCACACGUAAUUACAUGAAGCUCCGGCUCUCUCUCGACUACGCCCUCAUUACCGGUAGACCCCCAACGGAUAUCGAUCUUCCCUCAAGUCUUCUUCAAGGCACAAGAAUGAAGCGCCUAUCCGCUGGGCCGGUACACAGUCUAUCCGCCAUUACGCUACCCCAAUCGCGCAAGCGGCGGGCUUCCGAAAGUGUCGCCGGCCUUCCACGAGUUGUGGAGCUCGAUGAACAGGUCGACGAAGGGACGAUGGAUGAUAUAACGGUUCGCGAUCAGCAGCCGCUUUUCGGAAAAGAGACCAAUACGCUCUCGCGACCUUUUUUCGAGUAUGACACCAUCUGGGCAGCUAGCCUGUUCGAGGAGGUGACGGACCAACUUUGGGCGACCUCCGAGCUUCCACUUUCGGACAGUCAAUUGCGUCUUGAGGCUUACAAUGGCUUCGCAUAUAUAUAUGGACUGGAGCGAACAAGAGCCAGUAUCUCCAGACCACCCGAGUCAAAAUCUCCGUCCAACUAUCGACCAUCCCAGUUCAAGAUGAAGUUCUCCAUCUCAGCUCUCUUCCUUACCGCCUGUGGCCUCGUCCACUCAGCCCCUACAGCGAAAGCCGCCAAACCACCCAAAUUCUUCCUAAUCGGAGACUCGACUGUCGCUGUCGAUGGAGGUUGGGGUGAUGGUCUCCUCUCAUACCUCAAGUCCCCUGCUCAGGGCGACAACAGGGGCGUUAGCGGUUCCACCACCGUGUCCUGGAAGUCAAGCGGUCGCUGGGAUGCUCUUCUCAAAGACGUCGGCGCCGCGAAAAACGACUUUGAGCCAGUCGUGACUAUCCAAUUCGGCCACAAUGAUCAAAAGGUCAUGCAACUGGAUGAGUUCCGCACCAACCUGGUCAGCAUCGGAAAUGACAUUAGGAACGCUGGCGGCACACCAAUCUUCAUCACCUCCUUGACCCGACGAACCUUUUCAGGCGGCGAAGCCGUCCAGAACCUCAAAGACUGGGCCGCCGAGACGAUCUCCGCCGCCGCAGAUGUCGGAGCCCAGUAUCUCGAGCUGAACAAAGCAAGUACAGAUUACGUCAACGCGAUCGGAUCCCAGAAUGCCGACUUCUACAACUGGGGCCCUGGUGAUAGGACUCAUCUUAACCCACCUGGCGAGAUCGUGUUCGGGCGAAUGGUGGUUGACUUGCUCUUGGAAAAGCGUGGGGACUUCAGUUCUUACUUCGACUCCAAUGAGGCGCUCAGUGAAAAGAUCAAGAAUGGGGAGUUUGCGACGGGGGAUGAAUAA